CGGAUCAGUUUCCUUCUUUGUCAGUUGUGAAUGGGGGCGGAGGAAGCAAACUCAUUAGAACCCUAUAAAAAGAAAGUAUCGAAGAGACCAUAAAACGCACCAGCGCAGGACUGAAAGCUCACUGACAGGGCGGACGGAUCCUGUUUGUCCCCUCAGCACAUCGCACCGGGGCUGUCUGGGUUUGAGUUUAUGAAUGGCACGCAUCUGUCCGAAGAUCUGAUCGUCAUCUCGCUUUUUAAUGCGGACUGGCAACUAAUGGACACUCCGAGCGCACGGCGCGUCUCACUAAGAAAUUACUUUAGGCUGAAUAAGUGACACUUUUCUUUGGCACUUCAGUGUGUUUUUUCCUUUUCUUUUAAUUCAUUUAUUUUAUUACCUCAAGGAUGCUCAUAUUUGCUUGGAAUAGAUGCUGUGUUGUGGCGCUUCUCGUCGCUAUACUGAGGAUGGGAACAUCCCAGGUAUCAGAGGCGCGCCCGAAGGCGAACUCCAUCAAACCGGCUCUGCUGGAAGAGGCGCCCACACCGGCUACGAACCCCUCCAUCCACACCGGGAUCACCAAGAAAUACAACAUUCUUGCACAGCAGGCAUAUCCUUGCAGCAAUGACAAAGAAUGCAGUGUGGGCAGCUACUGCCACAGCCCACAGCAGGCUCCAUCACGUUGCAUCACCUGCCGCAGGAGGAAGAAGCGCUGCCAUCGAGAUGCCAUGUGCUGUCCCGGAAACCGUUGCAGUAACUAUAUUUGCAUCCCCAUCUCUGAGAGCGUGCUGUCCCCUCACCUCUCAGCAUUAGACGAACACAACAAACUCUCCACCAAGGAGCAGGGCUGGAGGAGGAGCAGCAAAGCGCAUGCAAAGCAUUCUCUCAAAGGCCACGAGGGCGAUCCCUGUCUGCGUUCGUCCGACUGCUCGCCAGGAUACUGCUGCGCCCGCCACUUCUGGACUAAGAUUUGCAAACCGGUCCUGAGGCAAGGAGAGGUGUGCACCAAGCAAGGGAAGAAAAGAUCUCACAGUUUGGAAAUCUUCCAGCGCUGCGACUGCGCCAAAGGCCUCUCCUGCAAGGUGUGGAAAGACGCCACCUCCUCAUCCAAAUCCAGACUUCACAUGUGUCAGAAGAUCUGAAGUGGAGGCAGCUGCCGUCGGCGUGGAGGCCUCAGCCGCCAUCUGCCAGUGGAAGAUUUUUAAAGGAUGGGUUGUGGCUGUAUUGAGUAGGAGUGAAAGACACAGACUAACAAGAGACAGAACAGACAGCGUGGGUUCAAGCUUGCUAUUUAGCAGGCAGAGAGGGAUUGCUUUAAUGUUUUUGCUUCCACGUAGAAACCCGCUCCCUUGCAUCAAUGCAAACGAACACGUUGAGGCUUCGCGAGACUGUGCUCGUGACAUGUUAGUUCAAAUUUCUUACACAUUGUCGUGAUUUUCAGGGAGCCACAGCAGAUUCUGUGACAGAUGUGGACGUUUUGCAGAUAGGGUUGACAGAUGUAGCAAUUUUAUGAUAAUAAUAAUAAUAAUAUAACAGGUUGCCUAUUUACAGAGAAGCCAUACUAUUAUUGCACAGUGCAUUCUUCAACAAGCAAUUUCUGUUAUUGUAUUGUUCUCUGGAUCAUAUCUUGAAGAAUUCAGAUUUAUGUAAGACUUUCCUAUCAAGUAAUAACAGUUUCUCUCAGAAUAAUUGCCAUAAUAUAUGACGGACUCAUUAUAAUAAACAUGCCGCAACUUCAUUGCGGAGAGUAGUUUUAACCAAAGAAUGACAACUUUCAUCUGGCAGAUUAGUUUAUCUCUCGCUCUUUUACUACAAGGAGAGAGAAAGGUUUUGUGCACAUCCCACGUAACCUUGUGUGAUCUGUCUUUAGAUGCAGCUGUGUUCGAUUGUGAUAGAGCUGCGUGGACAAAACGGUUCUGCAUUGAGAUCGUGUUAAUCUUGGGGCUCUGCCGCAGAGAAUAGUUCUGCUUUUGCAAUCACACCAACAAAUUCAAGGAUACAACCAAAGUGCAAUUUUUUCCAUUUGUGCAGCCAGUAAAAAUGGAGACGAGAGAUGAUUGAUUAGAAUUACAAAAACACGCCGUAAAGCCAAGUAUUUCAAACAGCGUUACAGAUUAAAUGGACAUUUUAUUAUUAACAGCAAAAAUGUUGAUUUUCCUGUUUUUCAGUUAUAAUUGUGUAUUUUCCUCCAAUGAAAUGCUUUUUUUUUUUUUUUUUUUGCUGAUCUUGAAGCAAUGCUUAUAUUUCAAUACCACUCUUUAAACAGCCUGUUGCCAAAAACAGUCCAUAUAAUCUCACCCAUGCAUUUUUUAAAGUGAAUAGACUACACAUAUUCUGCAACCAUUUAAAUAAUAAAUAAGUUCUUAUAUUGUAAAUAGACUGGAAACAAAGAAUUUGUAUUUAAGAACUGAUGUAUAUCAUGUACAUAUAUUAAAAAAUAUAAUUCCUAAAUAUGAGGUAGGUGAGGGCAGGGGUGAGGAGGGACGAACACAGCUGGUUAGAGUCAGAAUAAUGUAGUUGAGGUAAUAAAAUGUAUGCACAUAGACAAAGAGAGAUAUGACUGAUUACACAUUGGUCACGUCGGAGGGAAGUUCAUAAAAGAAAGUCAAAAAUUUCCAAAACAGGUUUAUGUAAAUGGUGUGUAAAUCGUGUCAAGAAUUAUGUACCUACCACUAAAUAUUUUGUGUGCGUGUUUGUGUGAAUACUUUCCACUGAGUUCUUUUGUGUAUUAACAGUGACAAAUUAAUAAAAGAAUGUAUUUUGUAUCACUGAU